UUUUUUUUUUAUUCAAAUUAUCUCAGCUGUAAGAAUAAUGCUGAAUUGUCGAAUAACAUAUUGACUAUGUUAAAUGAAAUUGUCAUAUGGCAUCGUUACAAGUUAUUCUAUGUGGAUAGAUUAUUAUAUACAAGGAAUAUGACGUAAUCUUAUUUGUUUUGAAGAGAUCUAACAUAAGUGCAUCAUUAUAAGUAAUUGACUGCGUAGAAAAAUAAUAUUAAUAAAAAUGCCAUUUUUUAAUUUCUUUCGAAAUUUUUUCACUGGAGGAGAAAGAGGAGAUUUUGGCAAUGAAUGGAAGAACAGUUUUCGUAAUCCUAUUUGGCAAAAUGAUGAAGAUGACAAUGAUGACGAUGACUUCAGGCAUGUUGAAGAUAAUAUCAUCGGUGAUGCAAUGCAAAUGGCACAUUUGUUUGAAUCUCAAUUGGAUAACAUGAUUAAAGCUAUUUUUUCUAAUUUUGGUGAUAGAUUAAUGAUUACACCAGGUAUCAUAGAAGAAUUACCACAAGAAGGACAAAGUACUAAUAGUUUACGUGAUCAAGUUUUAAAACCUGGAUUUGAUCUUCCCAGUGAAAAAGAACAAGAAAAAUCUAGAGUGGAUAUCGAUUUAGAUGGAAAAAUCUCAGCUGAUAAUUUAUUCAAAACUUGGGACAACAAGCCUGAUAAUAGAGAAAUUGUACCUUCUAUCCAACAAUUUCCUCAAAGUUCCAAGUUUAUUACUAAAAGAUCUAUACGUAUAAUGGGUGAUGUUAUUGAAGAACAUCAGGUAAUAAAAGAUGGUGAAGGUAAUCAAAAGGAGAUACUUUCUAAACAGAUUGGUAAUAAGAAAUAUGUUAUUGAAACUGAGAAAGAUAAAAAUGGUGUAGAAACUGCAAAGGAAAAUAUAAUUAAUAUAGAUGAAAGUGAGUUGCAAAAUUUUAAACCAAAACUAUCACAUCAAGAUGAUAAUCAUUUGAAUAAUCCUAGUAAACUUUUAAAUUAUUUCCCAUGGGAUAAAUUUUUUGGUCCAAAUCCAAAAUUAUAAUAAUAGUAUUUCUUUAGUAGCACGUAGGGAUGAUGAAUGGCUACUCUAAAAAAAAAAAAAAAAAAAA